UAUUUAUAUUGAAUUGAAUUUGGUGUUCGACACUAGCAACAAAGCUUUGCCUCCCUAUAAAACAACAAUACACGCGUCAGUUUCCUAUAUGGACCCACCAACCUGGCGCGUUUUAGCCCCAACCAACACCCAUCUCUGCUUAUCUGGCGCCCAUUCUAAUACUUGAUGCGCACUACGCCCCCCUCACUGUGCCUCUACGGCAGCCACUCAGGACUCAUUUUCGAGCUCCGUUUCCGCCGACACUCAAAAUUCUCUAAUUCCGCCGUCGUUUCACUGGAAUUCUCUAUAAUUUCAUUUGAAUUCUAUUGAAUCUGAUUCUUUUUGAGCUCGUUGAUACUGUUUUGCUGAAAUUGUGCGUUUUUUUCAGCAUAGAUUUCGUUGAUUUCUAUUGAAUCUGAUACGUUUGAGUUGCUGAAGUUGUUGAGCACGUUGAUACGGUUGCUGAAAAUUGUGCAUUUUGUUGAGCGUGGAUUUCGUUUUGAAUUUUAUCGAAUCUGAUAAGUGGAGUAGCUGAAGCUGUUUAGCACGUUGAUACUUGCUGAAAUUGUGCAUUUUUUUCAGCGUAGAUUUCAUUUUGAGUUCUAUUGAAUCUGAUACGUGGAGUAGCGGAAGCUGUUGAGCACGUUACUAUAUUGAAUUAUAUUGAAUUUGAUACGUGGAGUAGCUAAAGCUGUUGAGCACGUUGAUACUGUUGCUGAAAUUAUGCAUUUAUUUCAGCAUAGGUUUUAUUCUGAAUUCUAUUGAAUCUGAUACGUUUGAGUAACUGAAGCUGUUGAGCACGUUAAUACUAUUGCUGAACUUGUGCUUUUUGGGGCAUAUAUUUCGUUUUUAUUUUUUUACCAAAUCAGGCAGAUUUGAUUAGGAGAAGAGGUUCUAUUAGUAUAUCUAGGGUUUCAGUGUGUAAUCAGUUGUCCUGCGGCGAAGUUUCGGUUCAAAUUGAAUCAUCUGCACUGGUAUGAUCUUCUGCACUGUUGGUUUUUCGUGCAUUUCGGGGUUUUUUGUUGAUUUAUUGUGUGAACAAAGUGGAAAAUUGCGUGUAAGUUGAUGUAAUAGGGAAGUUUCGCCACCUAAUCGAUGGCAUCGAUCCGGAGAACUUUGUCACCGAGUAACGAACGGCAUUAUCAGAAUGGAAAUCAAUAUUCAGUUCAAUCGCCAUCUCAUAAGCUUAUUAUUAAUGGCAAAAGCUCGCCGUUACUGUAUUCGCGGAAAAAUAAUAUAUCCAGGAAGAAGUUGUUCUAUAGGUGUUUGAUAUUUUUCGUGCUAGGGCUUGUAUUAGGUAUGGCACCAUUUGGUGGUUUUGAUGAUGCAAGGAGCCGUGAUUUUUCAUUUGAGAUCAAGGCACCGGUGGUGAAUGUUAAUGAGGAGAUGAAAGCUGUGGUAAUCCCGAGAGUUGAGAAUGUUGUGGUGAACUCAGUUAAGUUACCAGGUUUGGAGGAUGAAGUGAAGGGAAAGUUUGAUUAUGUACCGAGGAAACUGUUGAUUGUGGUGACUCCGACUUAUAAUAGGGCACUUCAAGCUUACUAUCUGAAUAGAUUGAGCGGGGCGUUGAAGCUCGUGAAAUCACCUUUGUUGUGGAUUGUGGUUGAGAUGAAUGUGGCAUCUGCAGAAACUGCAGACAUUUUGAGGAAAACAGGGGUUAUGUAUCGGCAUCUGGUGUGUUCCAAGAACAUGACAGAUAUAAAAGACCGCGGGGUGCACCAGAGGAAUGUUGCAUUGGAGCAUAUUGCACAUCAUAGACUCGAUGGAAUUGUUUACUUUGCAGAUGAUGAUAAUAUCUACUCACUUGAGUUGUUUGAGAGCAUUAGAUCGAUCAACCGUUUUGGCACUUGGCCUGUUGCUAUGCUAGCACAAAGCAAAAGCAAAGCAAUACUUGAGGGGCCUGUGUGCAAUGGAAGUCGAGUUAUUGGGUGGCACACUAAUGAGAAGAGUAAGCAACUUAGAAGAUUUCACGUUGAUAUGUCUGGCUUUGCCUUCAAUAGCACCAUAUUAUGGGAUCCAAAAAAAUGGCACCGACCAACUUCAGAUCCCAUUCAACAGUUGGACAAUGUGAAGGAGGGUUUCCAGGAGACCACUUUCAUAGAACAAAUUGUUGAAGACGAAAGCCAAAUGGAGGCUGUCCCUCCUGGUUGCUCAAGGGUAUUGACUUGGCACCUUCACCUGGAAGCUCGUGGACUUAUCUAUCCGAGAGGCUGGCUACUUCAAAAGAACCUUGAUGCCGUUUUCUUUUCCACAUGAGAAACACAAGCAAGGUGCAGAGACUCUAAAUGGCGUCCAUGAAGGAGGCCUGUGCCAGUUCCAAUAGGAAGCUAUCGUUUUCAAGCUGAUCAGGGAAUUACUAGAUUGUCGAAGUUGAAGCAGCAAUGGAUGCCUUAAAUGACAGGAUAGCUAUAAAGAAAAGAGUGAUUGAUUUUCUUUUUGACUUUCUCGAAAAUAUAUGCUUUGAUCGCAUCAGAACUCGUUUUGUUGUGGAGGUUUGCUGCUUUUCCCGAGGUGAGGGGUGUGGUUUCUUCAAUCACCAAAGGUGGAAUGUGUGCAUGCUGUAGAAUGGAAUGGUUGUGAAUUAUCCUCCUCUGAAGCAGGAAGCAAGUGAUGCUUAGUUCAAAUUGUAGUCUUUUACAAUUGUGUUCUGAUGGAAUAGUUAUUAUACAACAUUUGCUACAAAAAUUUUCAAAAUAGGUACAGUGGUCCAUCUUUUUCCCCUUCUUGAUGUGCAAAAGGUUGUUACGGCAGAGGUUUUGCAAAUUAAAUUUAAGCUGUUGAGUUUUACUUAUGCAGAUUUUCUUA